GACCAAGCCAGGACUGGCGGCGUCUUCAUCCUAAACUUCUCUUCCUGGUCCAUGGAUCACAAAAUGGACAAAGAGUGCGAUGCUAGUACUAUUUACGACCCACUGUCCUUCAACUUUCUCCGCCAGAACCAGCUUUUUCUGGAAAAAAUACGAUCUAGCAACAUCCACUCAGCAUUAAUCACGACACAAUUAUCUCUGGCGACACUAUCCCGUCUCCUCACAGUGUCUUCCCUGACCACAACCGUUGCGGAUGUAUACCGUCCUAUACUAUUUGACCUUUGUGCCCGUUGGAUUGAACAGUCUGAUUGCACGGAGGAUCAGCUUGUUGCUUUAUGCCUAUUGAUAGAAGUACACGAAGAACUUUAUCCCAUCCUCCAUCAGCUCUUACUGAAGCCAGCUUUUAUUCAAGGCCUUCUCACUUCCCAACAUUUGGACAAACAUCGUCUUCAUUGUCUACUUUUGGCGUACUAUCGCAUACUACAAGCGAACCGCCAGCUUCCUGACCAACUGUUUUGGUCGCUAACACACCUAUCUGCUAUUAUUUGGACACCUACAUUCGACAGUGGGUCUAGACUUUUGGCAAUCCGCUGUUAUGCCCUGCAGAGCGGUAUGUGUGAAGCAGAGUGUGAGAAGUUGCAGCACGAAAUACUAGGGGAUGCCUGUGGGCUUGAUUGUCCUCUGGAAUAUGGACAGAAUAUUGAUGGAUCUGUCGUUGAAGUUGACGGGUGGAUUAUGCCUGUUCUGGAGGUAAAGCGCGUUCGGGAUGCGAGGAAUCACAUAGCGAUGCAUGUUAAUGAUUAUUUCUUGGAAGAGCGGACAAUACCUCUCUCUGAGUUGAGGUGCGGGUUGAUUUUUCUCCGUUGUGAAGAGGCUUUGAAUUAUUCCUUAAGCCCACUCGUUGCGAAUGUAGAAGGGAUAUUGUUGCUGCGAGCAGCAGGCACUUGCAGCAAAUUUUCUCCACUUAUCAGCACGCAAACUACGCGCCGCGCUCUGCGUUCAUUAGGACAUCGACUAUCAUUGCGCCUUCCUGUCUUGUUGACAUCUCCUCCCUCCUCAGGGAAAUCUACCCUCCUAUCUCACCUCGCCUCUUGCCUCUUUCCUGGCUGUGAUAAUCAUGUUGUCAACAUACAUCUGGCGGACACAUCAUUGGACCCUCGAUCGUUAAUUGGCUCUUACGCGUCUUCACAGACUGAACCGGGAACAUUUGAGUGGAAGGAGGGUGUUUUAGUUCGUGCGAUGCGAGAGGGAAAAUGGGUCGUGCUUAAAGACAUCGAUCGUGGAAGCAAUGAGGUUCUCGGAGUCAUCAAACCACUCGUCGAGUCUCUAUCCUCUGACAAGUGGAUCGGAGGCUGUGCUACUCUUGAAGUGCCUGGCAGAGGGCGAUUUGUUGCACAUCAUAACUUUGCCAUCUUUGCUACACGAUCAGUGGUUCCUUCGCGCACUGGAAACUUUCCCAAUCCUCUGUUCUUCGGUGCCCACAAAUAUAGCGAAGUCGUCAUUCCGCUGCCUUCAACAGAAGAUCUUGUGACUAUGGUCGAUUCAAAAUUUCCUCGUCUGGCUGGAAGUGCCGCUCGAGCAUUCAUAUGCAUGUGGGAAUCAGUGAAGGCACUGGGAACGUCAGCGUCCACGAGGGAUAUUGGGUUGCGAGAGCUGCAGAAACUCUGCGUUCGCGUAGACAGAUUGCUUCCUGCCUCACACCAACCUAUGCUUCUCCCGGGAAACGAACAUCUGUUGUCUGCCAUCUUCACCGGCACUACUUUCCGUGAGCACAUAUUCUUGGAAGCCCGCGACGUCUUCUUCGGUGCCGCAGCUUUGACAAUGGCGGCACGUACACAUCUUGAUGCUAUUGUCAACGUCAUUGGUGAGCAUCUUGCCCUUGAAUCCGAACGACGACAAUGGCUGUUGAAUGGAUGGGAACCGGACUUUCAUCUGGAGAAGGAUGUCAACGACGUGGUGGUCGCCGUCAAUACCGGAAACACGCGUAUUGCUGCCCGAACUUCGAAAGACAUAUUGUUGUCGCCGUCACGACCAUUUGCCAUGCAUCGUCCUGCUGUUCUUCUUCUAUCCCGGCUCGCUACUGCUGUGUCUCUCGGCGAACCCGUGCUGCUCACUGGAGAAACGGGUACAGGCAAAACCAGUAUUAUAACUCAUUUUGCAUCAUUGCUGAGGCGGCCACUCAUUUCAAUGAAUUUGUCUCAUCAAACCGAGUCUACGGACUUGUUGGGUGGAUUUAAACCCAUCGACGCUCGAAUACCUGCAUCCGCUUUGCAGGAACGUUUUUUAGAACUUUUUGGUGCUACCUUCAGUCGUCGUAAGAACGAGAAAUUUGAGACGGAGGUGAAGAAAGCCGUUAGUGAAGGGAAGUGGAAGAGGGUGACAAGUCUUUGGAAAGAAAGCGCAAAACUAGCUAGAGAGCGGAUUCACGGGAAGAUGCAAGAAUCUGCGAUUGAUGAAUUAGACUCCCAAACACCGAGAAAGCGGCGAAAAGUCGAUGCAUCGAGUCUUAGCGCAUCUGAAGCCAACUGGAAUGCUUUUGAAAGCGACGUGGUGAAUUUCCAAGUCCAUCAUGUCCAAGGGAAGAGCAAAUUUGCUUUUGGUUUCGUUGAGGGACCCUUAGUAAAGGCAUUGAGAAAUGGGGACUGGGUCUUGCUAGAUGAAGUCAACCUUGCCAGCUCGGAAACACUUGAGUGUGUAUCGAGUCUGCUUCAGGGACCGACAUCUUCUAUCACAUUGACAGAACAAGGCUCCUUAGAACCUGUACCAAGGCAUCCAGACUUCCGUCUUUUUGCUUGUAUGAACCCCGCCACUGACGUUGGUAAGAAAGACCUUCCUCCCAACAUUCGUUGCCGGUUCACUGAGAUUGAUGUCCCUCCUCCUGAUGCCGACCGGGAUACUCUCAUCACAAUUGUCACUCAAUAUAUCGGACAUGUUGCAGUGGGCGAUAAGCCUGCAAUUUUAAACGUUGCAGAGUUCUAUUCGGCUGUGAAACAACUAUCGGAGACUCGGCAAAUAGCCGAUGGCUCUAAUCAUCGGCCCCAUUACAGUAUGCGUACGUUGGCUAGGGCGUUGACCUUUGCUGCAGAUACUGCAAGUACAUUCGGCUUGCGGCGCGCAAUCUGGGAAGGCUGUCUCAUGGCAUUUACAAUGGUUUUAGAUGGUCCAAGCGCCGAAUUGGUGACAUCGCUGGCACAGAGGCACCUGUUGGCCGGUGUACGAAAUCCUCGUUCCAUUCUUUCCAAAAACCCUCCAUCUCCCUCCUCUCGUUCGCCAGAUGGCUUUGUAAACUUCGGACCGUUCUAUCUCGAAAAAGGUCCACUUGAACCAGAUUCAGCCGAUGAAUACAUCUUGACGCCGUCGGUGGAAACGAAGCUUAUCGAUCUCGCGAGGAUCAUCCUGACGCGCCGUUUUCCCAUUCUCAUUGAAGGACCCACGUCCAGCGGGAAGACAAGUUCCAUCGAAUACUUGGCGCGUCGGACUGGUCACAGCUUCAUUCGUAUCAAUAACCACGAGCACACAGAUAUCCAAGAAUAUCUUGGGUCUUAUGUUCCUGACCCAGUUACUGGGAAACUAGUUUUCCAGGAUGGUUUACUCGUGCGCGCCCUCCGGAAUGGUGACUGGAUCGUUCUGGACGAACUGAAUCUCGCGCCUACAGACGUCCUUGAGGCUUUGAACCGUUUGCUAGAUGAUAACCGGGAGCUGGUCAUCCCAGAGACUCAAGAGGUUGUGAGGCCGCAUCCACAUUUUAUGCUGUUCGCCACACAGAAUCCGCCUGGGCUAUACGCUGGCAGGAAGGUCUUGUCGCGUGCAUUCAGGAAUCGGUUCUUGGAAGUACACUUCGAUGACGUGCCGGAAGCAGAGCUAGAAACAAUUCUAUGCUUGCGAUGCCGAAUCGCCCCUUCGUAUGGAAAGAAAAUCGUCGCUGUGUUCCACGAACUGCAGAAUCGCCGCCAAUCAGGUCGAGUGUUUGAGAGUAAACUGGGUUUUGCGACUCUCCGGGAUCUGUUUCGUUGGGCAGGCCGGGACGCUAUAUCUUAUCAGGAAUUGGCAGAGAACGGGUAUAUGUUGCUGGCAGAGCGCACACGACGGUCUGAUGAUAAAGCAGCAGUGAAGGAUGUCAUUGAAUCCGUAAUGGGUGUUCGACUGGAUGAAGAUGCGAUAUAUAACCUCCAGAACCCAGCGAUCGAUUUCAAAGAAUUUCUUGCAUGUCCGGUGCCUCAAUCAUCGGGUCUUAUAUGGACGAAGGCAAUGCAGCGGCUCUUCAUCUUAGUCGGCCGUGCUUUGCGUUUCAACGAGCCUGUCUUGUUAGUUGGCGAGACAGGUUGUGGAAAGACAUCCGUAUGUCAGGUCAUCGCGGACGCAAAAUUUCAGCCACUGCACACUCUCAAUUGCCAUCAAGGCACGGAAACUGCCGAUCUCAUCGGCGGACUCCGACCCGUACGAAAUCGCGCUGCUUUGGAGGCUGACACGCUGCAGAAGGCGCUUGAUUUUCUUCAACUGCAGGGAUGCCCAUUAUCUGCAUCUCCGACACCGGAGCACAUAUCUUCUCAAUUAGAUUCGAUUCUACAAUCUUCUCCAGAGCUACGUCCCCGAGUUGAUGCCAUUCGGCAGAAACUUGGACGCCUUAAUGCUUUGUUUGAGUGGCACGAUGGUCCGCUCAUCGUUUCGAUGAUAAAGGGAAAUAUCUUCUUGCUUGAUGAGAUUUCUCUUGCGGACGACUCCGUUCUUGAGCGACUGAACAGUGUCCUCGAGCCAUCCAGGGCAAUCGUGUUAGCUGAGAAGGGUGGCGACAAUCUCCGCCAUUCCGUAAUUAAGUCGUCGGAUUCUUUUCAGCUGGUGGCCACUAUGAAUCCGGGCGGUGAUUAUGGCAAAAAGGAGCUUUCACCAGCACUACGCAAUCGAUUCACAGAGAUAUGGGUCCCCUCAGUCGACAAUCGUCACGACCUUGAAUUGAUCGUCAACCAUAUGUGGCAACAUGAAGAACUACGAAUAUAUACCGGUGCAGUAUUGGAUUUUGUCGAAUGGCUCUGUUUUGUUGUCGGAGACCGCUCUUUAAUGAAUUUGCGUGACAUAUUGUCGUGGGUUACCUUUUCUAACAGCGUCCUGUGUUCCCAAGGUGUCGGCAGCAUCCCAGGGAACGAGAUCUUCCACCACGCAGCUUAUAUGUCGUAUAUUGAUGGGCUUGGUUCACUUCCCCAGCUUUCUGGCUACUCUCGUGAUGCAUUACAAAAACUAAAGCACGAUGCUGUCGCCAAGAUACAUAGUCUCGUUCCCAUCUCUGAUAUAGAAUCGACCGGCGUUGUUCCCUGGCACGAGCCUUCAGAGUUUUUCCAGCUUGGGUCAUUUGCUAUUCCCCGAGGUCCUCAGCCAUCCAUUCUGGAUCGUUUCAAUUUCCAGGCCCCUACUACACAAGAUAAUUCGAUGCGAGUGGUUCGAGCAUGUCAACUUUUCAAACCAAUAUUGCUCGAAGGUAGUCCUGGCGUUGGGAAGACAAGUCUGAUAACCGCCUUGGCCAAAAUCUCUGGCCACGAGCUUUAUCGGAUUAACCUUUCUGAUCAGACAGAUCUUGCCGAUUUGUUUGGAUCAGAUCUUCCGGUUGAAGGAGGUGGACCAGGAGAAUUUGUUUGGAAAAAUGCAGAUUUUCUGGAAGCGCUCGUGAAGGGCCAUUGGGUGUUACUUGAUGAGAUGAACCUUGCCCCACAGUCCGUCUUGGAGGGCCUGAAUUCGGUAUUUGAUCACCGUGGAAUGGUCUUUAUUCCAGAACUUGGGCGUUCCUUUGUUCGACAUCGCUCGUUCCGCAUAUUUGCUGCGCAGAACCCGCUGAAUCAAGGUAGUGGACGCAAAGGUCUUCCGAAAUCGUUCCUCAACCGUUUUACGAAGGUAUACAUCGAGGAGCUGCGACCCGAUGAUCUCCAUUUAGUGUGCGGGCAUCUAUUCCCCGACAUUGACUCAGAUAUUCUUCGUGCCAUGGUCAUCUUCAACACCAAGUUGAACGAAGAAGUAUCUGUUCGACGUUCAUUUGGUCGAGAAGGCAGCCCCUGGGAAUUCAAUCUUCGCGAUGUUAUCAGAUGGGGAUCCCUGAUCCGUUCUUCAAAGAAACACCCUGUCGAAUAUCUGCGGCCCGUUUACCUGCAUCGUUUCAGGACCUUGCACGACCGUCAGCUCGUAUGCAGAAUAUUCGACCAAACAUUCCAAAUAGACAGUGCACGAGUAACACAGAACCCUACUUGGUCAAUAACUGCGUCUUAUAUGGAAGUGGGGCAUUUUGGGAUGCAAAGGGAGAAAACCACCGCUAUUUCACGGCCUGGUCGUGUCCUUAAAAUGCACUUGUCCGCGUUAGAGGCAGCAGGCCACUGUCUCACACAGUCCUGGUUGACUAUCAUCACUGGCGGUCGAGAUGUCGGCAAGACAGCGCUGGUAAGGCUUUUGGCUCACUUAACAGGAAACCUUCUGCGAGAGGUGUCCAUGAGUUCGGCUACUGACACUAUGGAUAUAUUGGGAAGUUUUGAGCAGGUAGAUUCCAAUGCCGGUGCUUCUGCUGUCAUUCAAGAGACUGUUCGGCUUGCUGAAAAAUAUUCACGUACAUGGUCGGGCUCCCGGGGCCUAUCGUCGAACUACGAUACCUUAAGACACGGGCUCCAACAAUCGCCGCUGGCCGACAGGGAAAUUCUCCUUUACGCCGCUCAACAGGUAGUCACCGGCCUUCACCAAGGGAAUAGUCAGGAUGCCGAGCUCUUAGAAUUGCAGUGCAGACUAGAGCGUCUCACUGGAAACGUCUCAAGUGCCGGGCAGUUUGAGUGGCUCGACGGACCUCUCGUCCAAGCCAUGAAAAAGGGACAUUGGCUCCUUCUCGAUGGAGCCAAUCUCUGUAAUCCAUCCGUUUUGGACCGUCUCAACUCUGUUUGCGAAAUAGACGGAUAUCUCUCCCUCAACGAACGCGGACACGUCGACGGCAAAGUGCAAAUUAUAAAGGCCCACCCCAACUUCAAGCUGUUCAUGUGUGUUGACCCUCAGCAUGGUGAACUGUCCCGUGCGAUGCGGAAUCGAGGCAUUGAAAUCGCUAUCUUCCCGUCACGGAUAUCCGAUGACUGUUUGCUAUUGCAGGACCAUUCCCGUCUGCCUGUUUCGGUUUCCUGCAACCUCAUCCAAUUCGACCUCUCUCGGCGAGGUCUCAGCUCAGAAACAUUCACGCCGCCGCUAAAUACGAGUCUGGUGUCUACAGGUUACAUGCUGGAUCAAGACUCAGCCCUUUCUAACCUCCUUGACCAUUGUCCUGCAUUCCUUUGGGAUCUCUCGUCUCCGACACUUCUGGAUGCUUUUCUGUACUUCCUAGCUCGCUCAGCCGGACCUGCAUACAACGCUUACCUUCGCCGUUUCCUCGUAAAUCUUGAGCAAAAAGGAAAUAUAUUAUAUGCUGCUUUGAGAAAGUUUGUUGACACUUUUCCUGGGCCGGCCAUACACGCAAUAAGUACUUUGCGUUCCCGAUAUUCUAUGAAAAAGAGUGUUCCUUCAGCUCACGUUUUCGCGCAGCCCUUGGAUUCUUUCGGCUGGGAAGAGCAAUUGUCCGACACAAAUACGGUUUCAAACAGCAUCGUUCUGAGGGUCCUAGAUCUCGCGACAAUGAUGGUCUUAGAUGAGUAUGAACCAUCUGAUGCAAAUAUAUGGAAUCAAUUGUCCAAACUUCCGGAACGGCAAGCGAAGGCUAUCGCUGAAAUUGAAGAAGUCUCGAAAGCGACACGCAUUGUAUGUCACGAAAUUCUUGGCGCCGUAGGAUCCAAGGAUCGCGAAGUUGUGGGAUUGCUCGACAUUGCACUGAAGGUUCUUGUGUACGCCACGAGAAUGCGUUCUGCCGCAUCUCAGUCUCACUUUGAUUACUCUGCCUUACAAGCCAUAACUGGCUGGAUGGCUGCAGCUUUGCAACAAUGCCCAUCCCAGUUUCUUUUGCUUCAGGCUUGCGCACUGGUUCUACAAAAUACGGUUUCGCUUUCUUCCGGUCUUGGCCUUGUAGAUCUAUGGUCCUCAUUUCUGAAAUACAAUGAUGCACCAGUGGCUUCCGAGCUGGUUCGCUUAGAUGACUUGGUCAGUCAUUUGGAGAUAUCGGAUAAGAGUAGAGACACCCGUCGAAAAACUCUCUCAUUAAUGGCACUGUGUAUGACUGGAAAUUUACUUUCUACGGACGACGACCACAUGGCUUUGAACCGAUUGAUCCAAGAUGCUGAGCAGGCAGCUCAUACUGGGAUAGGCUCCGCUGACUUAUUCGACGAAACGAUCCUGGGCGCAGAACUCGGCCUCAUCUCAAUGCAGCUUUCAUCAACUUCGCUGAGACGUUUUUUGCAAGUGAUAUGCCAGCGCUCGAAGUACUCGCUAGUAAGAAUUGUACCUUAUCAGCAUCUACUCUGGGCGAUCGAUUCAAACGAGGAAACCUUGCCUAUCAUUACUAGGAAGCAAAUCCGAUGGAUGAACGACAUAUGGGCGGGUUCGUCAAGCGAUAUCGCCAGCGGACCUUCAAUCUUUCUUGGACCCGCUGAUCUGAUAUCCGUGAUAUCAUUGUUGGAGUCGAGCUUUGCGAUGGCAUCCUUAUCGGAAUAUGAAGACAAGAUCUCAAGAAGCAUUGAGCUACAUCUGCUGAGAUGCGAACACAACACCUCUCGCUUCAUUCAGAUCAUUUUUCUUCUCCGAUAUACGUUGUCAUUGGUCUCGAGCGCUUUCGGUUGUGGCCCUAUUCCCUUUGAGACUUCGUCAUUGGAUGAGACGUCUCCCUUUGCAGAAGUCCUCAGCCAUUUUGAGUCCCAGAAGCAUAAUGUUCUCACUGAUGCAGUCAGGACUUACGUCCAACCCGCUUUCGCCCAUUUCAACCUGAAAUCAAACUCACGACGAAGGGCGAUUGCGGACCUCGGGUAUUGUUGGAUUGCCGUGGCCAAGAUGAUCCUGCAUCUCGUCAUUCCUGAUGUGCCUGUCGACCCCGCUGCAAUCCAAAGUUGUGCAUUAUCAUUCUCUCGCGAUCAAGACAUACUAUUGUCCUCUCAAAUUGAUCUUCAUGUUCGUCUGGAACAGAUGGUCACAGGGAAUGCAGAAAACCCCACAACGUCGUAUCUCCGUGCACGUCGCCAUCCCUUCCUGGAAUAUAUUAAGCAAACACCAACGUUCCCAUGCAGAGCAAACCUGUCUCGAAUCCACAUGUUCUGGUCUGAAGUUUCCCAAUUUGUGAAUCAAGUCGUCUCCUCUUCGAAAAUCGACGGCUUGCUCCAUCUCCUAGAAACCGAAGAUUCUGCAGGUGGACUUCGAGAGGAGACAAUUCAGCAAUCUAUCCGUGGAUUCCUGCAGCGCUUGGAAUCCGUUUAUUCCGAUUUUGCGGACAUCACAUCUCUCCUUCGGUAUUCCCUUCUUCAUCUUCGCAUGGGUCUGCGCAUAAUCAAGCAUGCAUAUCUUGACUGUGGUGCAUCAGAUGCCGUUGAGCGUUUGGUCACUGCUUUGGUUUCAUUCCCCUCUGUUCAAACUGCUUCUCUCCUGCUUCAAAGCAAAGCUUUCUUUGUCACGACAGAUGCUCGGCCCUUUCAACAUCUACUCCUCCAGCUCUCGGCACUGGCAUAUGAUGCAUCUACCUGUGCUGGGAAGCAAGUGCCUACUGAUCUGAUCGAACAAGUCUACGACCAAAUGAUCCUCCUUUGGUUACACGACCGUACGAAAGAAGCCGAAGCUGAAAAGGCAGCACAAUCGUUAUAUCGAACCCACACCUCUGAUUUUGUUGCCGCAAGUGAAUCUGAAAUCGAAGAACAGGAGUUCUUGGCAUUGUUCCCAUCCUUUGAAGACGUUAUGGAGAACGAUCGCGGAAAGUCGAGCGCUAGGAGCGGCGCAUCUGUUUUACCAUUCGUCACUCCCUCACAAAUUCAUGAAGUCUUCGAUCUCCAUCAGCGCCUUUUCACGCUGGACCACCACUUUCCUCCUACGGGCCUCAAAGCUUUUAUUGACAUUCGGCUACGGUCGCUAAAAGACCUUCAAUGUCCCUUGAACGCUUUAACGGACACAAUAGAUGACUUGAGUCUAGCGUUCAAUCUAUCGCUGUUGUAUGGCCGGUAUACUGAGUGUAGAAAAAGCAAUGAUCCGAAGUCAUACAAUUUCUAUCUUCAGGCGAACAUGCCAGAAGUUAGGAAGGCUGUCGAGGUGGUACAAAGGCUGCGGGAGCGCCUCGAAUAUCUCAUCAAAGAGUGGCCAGACCAGAUGGUUCUACACCAUUUGAAAGAGCGGUGCAAUGCUGUGUUAUCAUUGGACAUUAAUAGUCCCGUCGCCAAGGUUUUAUCUGCCUUGGAGCAUCUCCUGUUACAGACGGAGGAUUGGGAAAUCUACGCUAAUCGUGACAACAACCUCAAAUCCGAACGUGCGGCUAUCACAGGUCUUAUCGUGGAAUGGCGACGCCUGGAAUUAUCGUGCUGGGACACGCUUUUGGACUCUGAAAGCACCAAGUUCCAAUCAGGGAUUUCAGAGUGGUGGUUCCGUCUGUACGACGCGACGAUCCGAGGCCCACUCGACGCUUUGGAACGCGAAGAAGCGGGCGUAGACAGUGUUUCCGCUUAUUUCGACAGUCUUCUGCCAUUACUCGACGACUUCAUACGAGGCAGCCCCCUCGGUCAGUUCCAUGCUAGGUUAAAGCUUCUUCGAAGCUUCGAAAUGUACUGCCAACUGAUAGUGACUACAAAGUCUCCAUCAGGACGCGCGACGUUGGCCCGUGUUCGGUGCAUACUCAGAGCGACUGCAAAUUACUUCGAGAUGUAUUUGCCAAGCUUAUCUUCCUAUCUUCUCGACCAACGGGCCGCACUGGAGAAGGAGGUUAAGGGAUUUGUCAAAUUAGCAAGCUGGAAAGAUGUUAAUGUUCAGGCGCUGAAACAAAGUGCCCAGCGAACGCAUCACCAGUUGUACAAAAUAAUCCGCAAGUUCCGCGAGGUCCUACGCUUGCCCGUUUCUGAUCGGCUUUUACCGUCAUCUGUCAGCAGAAGCGAAGGCGAACAUGAAUCCUCAGAGCUGUGGCUACCCAAACGUAGCGUCGAGGCACUGUCCAUUCCCAUCUUCCCUGAUCACAAUGACUCGACAUCGAUGUCGCAUCUUCUCAACCUCGAUCGAACGUAUCGGAAAUAUAUCGAAGUCACUAGGACCAAAUUGCUUCCUUAUAUUGCGUCGAUUCUGCCGCGGCAUGUCGACUCGCUCGCCGUUGAAAUCAUCGUGGAGUCACAGAGUUUGUCGACUGUCGUUGUUCCAGCAGAUGCAACUUCGGAAAAACGCGAGAGGCACCAGAAAGCAUUGCUUGUUCGGAAGCGGAAAGCCUGGAGUGACCUGCUCAAGGAACUCAAGCGCGCAGGCUUUGCCACCAAUCUACGCCCAGAUACCCUGCGUCAACAACAGGAUGCUCGUUGGAUCAGAGAGCAGCCUAUUUUGCUGUCACACGACGAGUCGGCCAACGCUGCGAUCCAAAAAAGCGAAUCUUACUUCAUUCGAUUGCAAGGGAGCUUGACAGACUUACGCGCGUCCAUCCCGAAUCAUCACUCUGAUCUGACUACUCGUGAACUCCAGCGAGGUGUUAUGUUCCUUGAGUCUGGUUUCAGUAUGGCUAUUCAGUCUAGAGCGAGGCUGGCUACUGCCGUCGAAGAUUAUUCAAAGUUCAAGCGAAUUUUGCUUCGGAUACGCAUGCUCUCAACCUGUUCUGGAAUUGCAUAUACGGGUGUGAAAGUUCUCGAACAAAUCUCAAACCUCAAAAGCGUGUUAUGUCGCCUGUCCGGCGCUUUGCAGGAAAUUGUAGAAGGUCUUAUCAUCCUCCGAGAAGUCGAUUGUGUCAAUCCCAUCCCCGGGUCAAGUAUCCAGGAGACAAAAGUGCUGCUGGAUGUAGUAGAGAAGUCUGUCAAAGACUUGAUGCUAGUCAUUGAUAAUGUACAGCUUACGAACAUGCCCGUGCUCUUAGCAGAUGAACUGCCAUUAAUUGAAAGUGCACGCGGUUGCCUCAGUCAAGUUAUGGCCGCCCUAGCUAGUUCGUCCGAAAGGUAUUCUCAUGCCAGGUAUCUUUUCUCCUCGACUGCGAGCUGGCUUCAGUCCCAAUCUCUUUUGCCUCUCUGCUCUGAUGUGGUGGAAUCACCUACAGCACCCAUCAGCGACAAUGUGAUAGAUGCAUGUCUGGUCGUUGCUCAAGGAUUUAUGGCAAAAUGUCCUGAUUCUAGUCAAUCUGAAGAUGACGGCAGAGAUGCCUACGUCCGAAGCGACUAUGCCAUCAUUCACGACAUGACCAAAGUUGCGAAAAUCGGGGGCAUGGUCGACAGCGUUGAAAUUUUCCUGCUGCAAUUAGCAACUCAACCUCAGGCAGAACGUCUCAGCGCCAUCCAUCGCUGUCUCCCCUUCCUUGAACAGUACAGUCUUCUAGUACAGGAUCAAUUGGCUUCGCACUGUGCUUGGACAAAGUCCCUUUUCAAGCUUGACUUUGUCCUCUGUUCGCUUCUUCGUAGUCUAUCGAAAGAAGGGUUUUGCAAGCCACCGGACGUCGAUGAGUCAGGAUCUGGAGAAGGCACAACAGAAACUAUUGACGGCUUAGGCAUGGGUGAAGGAUCUGGCUCCCAGAACGUCAGCAAGGAGAUUCAGGAGGAGAGUCAAGUGGAAGGACUGCAGGGUGACAAUCUUGACGAGAAGAACGAUGACAACGAGGGAGAUGAUAAUGAUGAUGCCAUCGAAAUGGCUGACGAUUUCGGUGGUGACAUGCAAGAUGUUCCCGAUGCUGGAUCUCAGGAUGAUUCAGGCUCUGAGGACGGCAGCGACCAAGACCCCGAAGAACAAUUGGGCGAUUUAGACGCCUCCGAUCCUGACGCCGUUGACGAAAAACUUUGGGGAGACGAAAAGGGACCAGAGGACUCAGCGCCGGAACAAUCCACCAGUAAAGAUCAUUCCCAACAAAAGUCGGAAAAUUCGGAGGUGGUAGCGAAGGAGGGCAAUGAGAAAUCGGAUUCAAAGAAGGACGAACCUCCCCAGGACGGGAAACCAGAGGAGACCGACAGCGAAGACGAACAGGCUCCAGACGCCGAGCCCCAGGAAGCUGAGAAUGACCUUCAGGCCAACGGAGCUCCGAUGGAUGACUGCAUUCCCGAUGCUGAUACUCUGGAUUUGCCUGAUAACAUGGAUCUUGACCUGGGAGAGGAAGGAAAUAAUGAUAUGAAUAUCGAUGACGGAGAACUCGAUGUACCUGAAGAUGAUACCAUGGAGUCACCGGCAGAUGACAGCGUUGAGGAUGCUGGAGAAGGAAAGGUCGAAGAACAGAAUGAAGUCGACAACGAGAUGGCCGAAGACGCGGAAGACACUCAACCCGGACAAGCGGAGAAAGUUGAUGACAACAAUGCAUCUCAAGAUACUCCCAAGGAAGAAGGAAUAGCUCCUCCCGAUAUCGGUACAGGAGACGGCGCUUCAGCCACAACAGGUGAACCACAGCAUGUUGAUGGUGGGGAGAGCGCGUCGGGAGAUGCCCAGGUUUCAUCAGGGGCAAGCGGAGAAGCUGUUGAUGCCUCCAAACAAGAAAGUUCGAUGGACUUGGAUGGUUCUCGUCCUUCGGAUACAACUCAACUGUCUAACGAUCCAUCAACAGACAAAAGCUCUGGUGCCGAUGGUACUGGUGUCCAGCAGGGUCAGAAAGCACUUCAAGCCAGCACCGAGACGACACGUGAUCCUAUGCGUAGUAUCGGUGACGCUCUGAAGGAGGUCAGACAACAGUUCGACGAUAUCCUGAGCAGUGGCCGGAAUGACGCACCGCAAGAAAAAUCGAUCAAUAGCGAGGGAACCCAGCAGCUCGAGUAUCUUCGUCCCGAUGACGAGGAUCAGGAGAUGCAAGCGCUUGGUCCAGCUGGGGAAGAGCAGAGCGCCAAGUUGAACGAGCUGAAGCUACUAGAUGACGAAAUGCGUGGUGACAUCGAGACACCAGUGGACGUCGACAUGCUUUUGCAUGGGGAUGAUAACGUCGUCGAGCCUUCCUACGAACCGCAGAACCAGACAGACGGGGGCAGUGAAGAACGGCUGGAAGGCGGAGAAGGUGCCAUCAUGCAUAAUCCGACGUAUAACGCCCAUUCUGAUCCAGACGGUGUUGAUUUAAAUGCUCCAAAAGCCGACGUUGAAAUGGAAGAGCACGUUCCUGACAGUGCAGUGGAAGUUGAACUACGGCACUGGCAGGAAGCUGGGUUGCCUUCUGAAGGUGCUGAACGCAUGUGGCGCCUCUACGAAUCCUUGACGCACGAUCUCGCCUAUGCACUGUGCGAGCAGCUCCGGCUUAUUCUUGAACCUACCCUUGCUACUCGACUCAAAGGGGACUACCGCACAGGCAAGCGUCUGAACAUGAAAAAGAUCAUACCUUACAUCGCCAGUGACUACACCAAGGACAAGAUUUGGCUCCGUCGAACUCGUCCCAGUCAGCGUGAAUACCAAGUCCUCAUCGCCUUGGACGAUUCUCGAUCAAUGUCCGAAUCUCAUUCCGUCCAUCUCGCAUAUCAGACACUCGCUCUUGUCUCCAAAGCUCUUACACGACUCGAAGCUGGAGACAUCGGCAUAGCCAAGUUCGGAGAGUCCGUGGAUAUCCUGCAUGGGUUCACCGAAGGUGCAUUCAGCGAUCAGACGGGGAUGAAAAUCAUGAGUGCAUUCACAUUCAACCAGAAGGCCACGAACGUGCUAUCACUCGUAGAUCGGAGUCUGGAGGUGUUGGAGAAAGCUCGGGAGAAGCGGUCGUCAGCGUCAUCAGCGGAUUUGUGGCAACUUGAAGUCAUCAUAUCUGAUGGGAUUUGUCAGGAUCAUGAACAGCUUCGUUCGGUGCUGAGGAAGGCAGAGGAGCAAAGAGUGAUGAUCGUUUUCAUCAUCAUCGAUUCAUUAGACACUGCGCGCGGUCCCAAGCAAGGUUCCAUCCUGUCCAUGGAAAAAGCCGACUUCAAGAAUGUCGAUGGACGAAUGGAGCUUCAGCUCAAGCGUUAUUUGGACUCUUUUCCGUUUGAGUACUAUGUUGUAUUGCGAGAUGUGGAGGCUCUUCCAGGAGUGUUGGCAGUUACCUUGAAGCAAUUUUUUGAAAGGAUAUCAGAAGAGUAAUACAAAUGUAGCUAGCUUUAGGAAAGGUAUUAUAAUUUUUGUAUCACGUUAAUAAAUACCCUGAAACG